AUGAACCGCGCCUUGUUUGUCUGCGUCUCUGUCAUUUUCACGAUCUCUGCUCGGGUGUCUGCUUCUCUCAGACUUAGCCCUCGUGAGCUGCGCAUGGUACAAAAAGGUUUCCUCCGUCGGUUUGGCUUUUCGAGUGUCCCUAAUCUUUCGGGCCCUAUGCUUCCGAUACCGGAUCACGUUUGGGAGAUCUAUCAAAAGGCAACGGAGGAUGAUGAUAUGGACUGGAUACGCCAUUACUAUCCGAAGGAACUAUUCGAGCUUAAUUCUGGGCUUCUCAUUUCAUAUAACUUGUCAUCUUCGGUAAGAAAUGUUGCCCAGGAGGAAGUGAAACAGGCGAUUCUGAAGAUGAGAGUUGGAGACGUGAAAAAGUCGGCUCGUGUUAGCAUUUUCGCUGUAAAUGAGCAACAGCCUGAGAUUCGAAGGCUGCUUGACUCUAAAACAAUCGACGUCGCACGACAAAACCAGUGGUUUGACUUCGAUGUCGUAUCAGCGUUUCAUUCCUCACAGAAUGACUGCGAUACGAUCACUUUCUUCGUCGAUCAUUCCGAUGUGACAAUUUUUGCAUCUGAACCGCAUUCCAUGUCUACGAUACAACUAUCACGACAUCAAAGUGUUCCAUUAAUUGUGUAUAGUGUCCUCAAAGAGCCAUCGAGUGUGCGACGAAAACGUGCUACGCCGUCGCGUCGAGAUAGGAAGAAACAACGCAAGCAACAUCAUCGGAACGCUACCGAAAGUAACGUUUGUCAGAAGAAAGCCCUCUAUGUGGAUUUUGAGGAGAUCGGUUGGCAAGAGUGGAUCCUGGCGCCAAAGAGCUACGAAGCCAGUCAAUGCGUUGGGAUUUGUCCUCAUCCUCUGCCGGCACACUUGAAUGCUACCAACCAUGCUAUUGUACAGUCGCUAACUAAUUCACUUAAUCCACAGGUAUGA